AUGUUAGUUGUGCCAUCAACACCACAUAUGGAUUACGCUGAUAACGCAUUACGGGUUGACAAAUCUGGAUGUGGAAUUAUGCAUUUCGGAUGGAAUUUGAAACCAAUAUUAUUGCAACAACAAAUAUCACUAUUAUUACAAAACAUCACUGUUAACAUUGAUGAUAACAUGACGUAUCCAAAUCCAAUUGAUUUUAAAAAAAUGAAUCAUUUCUUUGCAGCUGCUCAUCGUAUUGGGAGAUUGCUUCGUUCUGCUGGUGGUACUACUCGAGCAGCGACUAUCAUCGAAGAAUUUUUAGAAUUUGGAUACCAACAUUUGAUAUUUAAUCAACCAAAUUACAAACAAUCAUUCAUCAUAUAUAGUCUUGUCCUCCUCGUUACUACUACAAUCAUUGCGCUAUUAGUGCUAUUACCGUAUUGUUGUUGUCGCAUUUGUUAUCGAAAAUUCAAACCAAAAUUGGUUAAGCAAAAGAGAAAAGCUCAUUAA